UUGCUUCUUUCUAUAGUAAAAGCAUGUCUGGGUUGAUUAAAGCUUGGUCGAGGUUUGUUCAUCCUUUAAGAUUAAAGCUUGGUCGAGGUUCUCUCCCGUCUCAUUCGGAUAGCGUCAACAGAUUCCCGAAGAUCCAUUCGGGUAGCUACAACAGAUUCCUGAAGAUCUCUCCUCUCUUCAAUGGCCGUGGGUUUGCUUCUGUCCCUGGUGAAAGCAUGAAGAGAAGGUCUGGGUUGAUUAGAGCUUGGUCGAGAUUCCCAAAGAACCAUUCGGAUAGCUUCAACAGAUUCCCGAAGAUCUCUCCUCUCUUCAAUGGCAAUCGUGGGUUUGCUUCUUUCCCUAGUAAAAGCAUGAAGGGAAGAUCUGUGUUGUUUAGAGGUUCAUCAAUAUUGAUCCAUCCUAUGAUUGUCUCUCUCCCGAUGAUAUCCUCUCUCUUAAAUGGCAAUCGUGAGUUUGCCUCUUUUCCCGGCAAAAGCUUGAAGGUAUUGAUGGCUUCUAACAUUUAUUUAAUGGAUGAAUAUGGCAAUGUCAAAGCAAUAGUGAUCAGUUUCUUUGUUGUGACUGAUUUUCAAGAUGAAUCUCAUGAUGAGCUGCCUAUCUUGCUUGAGAAGAAAGAUUCCUUUCCUUCUCAAGGAAUAGAUUUAAGUCUCAAGUCUUUGGUGAUACUUUGGGUUUUCUCUGUUUUGAAUGGAUUAGGCUCAAGAAUUCAUCUGGUUGGAAAAUGCUAUGGACCUUUAGCAACAUGGUUUGAUAAGUUGAUUUCAAAGAUCACGUUUGUUGAAAUUGAAACCAAAGUGUAUGGUCCCUAUGACGGUGCUGAAAGGAUUGCAAAGAUCUUUGGUCGUGUAAUACUUUAUGGAUUAGGAGCUGCUGGUGGAUAUUUGUGUAUGGCAAACUAUGGAAAGACUUUCUAUGGCAUCCUAGGCCUUGAGGAGCCGAUUUCUGUGGCGAAGUUUGAUGCUUUGGAGAGUCGCCUCUUACUUUUGGAGUCUUCCAAGAUUGAAGAAUUCUUCACUGUUGAUCAAGUGAUAUUGCUUCAUCAGUUUGCUUUGUCUUAUUUGGCUGUUCCAUCUUUUUAAGCAUUUGUAUUUUCUUUGUUGUUUUCCUCUUAUGAACCUGUGUUGUUGAGGAUCUAUAUUAGUUGCCAUUUCAUUUUCUUUGGUU